AUGAGUUCUCAUGUUUAUCAACCGACUGAACCAUUUCUCGAUGAUUGGCAUGUAAUACGAUAUGAUCUACCGAACAAAAAUGGCUUAGCUCUUGCUGUUUAUAUUAAUCCAGAACGUCAUCAAUGUGUAAUAUCCAUUCGAGGAACUGAUUUAACGUCGAGUUUUUUAAAUAAUCCUAUUACUGAUCUACGCUUAUUAUUUACCAAUCAAGCGAUAGACACAUUUGAUUCAGCUCGUUUAUUGUUAUUUCAUGAUCAACCAUUACAUAUUCCACGCCGAGAUUCAAUUCCAUACGUUAUAUCCUUCACGGGCCAUAGUUUGGGAGCAGCACUCGCCGAAAGUUUUGCUUGUGUAUACAAUGCCUAUGCGGUGACAUUUGACUCUCCCGGAACGAAACAUAUUUUAGAAAAUGAUCCAUCUUGUCGAACAAACAUAGAACUUGGCUACAAUUCUAAAGAACGCAUUCACACAUAUUUAGGUGCCUAUGCAAAUUUAGUUAAUGUCGCUAAUUCACAGUUUGGUCAAGUUAUGUAUUUAAAACGAUUUGGUUCUAAUAAUGAUAAUGAUUCAGCGUAUUUUUUCUACAUUUAUUCUUCAGCAGCUAGUGUUUAUUUGGCUGCAUGCAUUUUUGCAAACAUUAUCGAUAAAAGUAUAUUUAAAUUGGGUCUCUCGUUUACUAUUGGGUAUUUCAUUUGGAAAUCUGCUAUCGUGUAUUUUAUGAGCAGUUUUUUCGAACUAAAUUCAAAAAUAACUGAUACAUUGAACUGUUAUAUUAGCGAACUGCCGUUUAUCAUAACAGUUUUCCUUCUGUGUCAGUCAAUCAGCGCUUUAGCUGAUAACAUAGAACGCUGGACAGGUCAAAUAUUGCCUCGGAUUUUAUUGAGAAACACACCAUUAUUAGGUGGGAUAGUUGCUUUUAUUCAGCAAAAUAUCAACUUCAAUCGUGUUGUUUGGCGAUUUGCACUCUUGAGCAUGUAUCUUUUACUUUCAUUUUUGGUCAGCAUCGGUAUUCCAUUAUUUUGUUAUUUGUGGUGGUUAAAAUCAGCUCAUUCAAUAAACAAAUUUGUCGAAUCAUUUGAUCCAGAAGAUGGAAGACCUUAUCAGGGGCACAGUAUCGAGUCGACACUGUGGCCAACAUUAUUUGAUUACGUUACAAAAACAUCUUCCAGGCAAUUUCUUCUAUUCUUAUUGAUCAUUCAAAGUAUGAAAUUAGUGGCUUUUUAUCUACUUCCACCGUUUCUUCCCAGAUGGUUUCGAUUAAAUUUUAUUCUUUUAUUAUUUGCUACAUUUUUCAACAUCGAUUCUGUAGAAUAUUUAAUAGUUAUGGUUAUUAUAUUUUUUCUUGUGGCUAUUCCAGCGUCUCAACGACACAAUCAGCAUUAUACUAGAAAUAUAGUAUGUGCUAUAUCUGGUUUAUUAGCUAUGGCGCAAAUCAUGAACGAAAGACAUGAGAUAAACAAGUUUUACUGUGAAUUGAUAGGCUGUCCAUUCAUGCUAGCACCAUUUAUCAAAAGGCUUCGAUUGUUUGGAUAGAUAGCUUUUGUUUUAGUUGUCAGCCCGUUGAAUAUAAUCGACUUAUCAAUAAAACAACCUGGAGACAAAUUCGAUUUCUGAAAUCUUGGCUCGAGUGAUAUAAUUUUGUAAGCCUACUAUCAUUCUGCAUUUAACUGAAGUGAUUGAUACUGAUUCGAUACUGAAAAUUGCCUGUCGUUUUCACGAAACCAUUUAAAUUAAGAAGUUAUCGACGAACGAACGCCAA